CAUAAUCUCUGCAACUGUGUUUCCUGUUCUUUAAUAUGUGUCAAACACGGGUGUAAUGCCAUUAAGAUAAACACAGUGCUGUCUUUAUGUCAAAACUGACAUAAAAUUGUGGAUACUUUGUAACUUGUGAUUUGUGGUGCUUGCCAUCAACUCUUCUACAUUUUCACACCAUCAGUAAUGCUAACAAAUAGUCAAACAAAUAUCUCUAUGUUGACAGCCAUUUGACAGAUUUUUUUAAAGCUCCAUUAGACACCAAACAUGAUUUAUUCAUUUUGUGUCUCAUUUCAGAAAUUGUUUCAUCUGGUUGUUGUUUGAUGUGCAGUGAAAUGCCGGUGAUUGACCAGGCACGUAAUGUGAACACGAAUAGAUGACUUACUCAAGAGACUGAAUUGGACGGCCUUGGCACCAUUAACCAGGACAGACUGCCAUCUGAGACCCUGAUGAAGAUUCUGUCAUACCUAGAUGCCUCCACUCUUUUCAGCAUCAGCCACGUCAAUAGGCCCUUCUACCAGCUUGCCAAUGAUGAUGCUCUGUGGAACAAGAUAUACAUUGCAGAGCUGAAUAAAAUGAAUAAAAAGUGGAAACCCAAGUGCAUGGACGAGCCGCUGCAGAAGAUGGCCGCAACGGAGGUGCACGAUCGGCCUGCGGGCUACUGGAAGCGGCUGCACUUCAAAACCGUAGCCGCAUAUGACAUGAACAAGUGGAAAAGUCAUCUUGGUCUCAUCAGCCGUCACACUGGGCUGCCCCGCCAAACAGAGCUGGUCCUCAGAAACUUGCACGUCUCCUGGCAGCUGACGGUGUCUGAUAAGUCAGGGCACGAGUGCACACAUGAACUGAGCUGGUCCCAGUUCUGCGAGACUUCUGUGACUCUGUGCUGGAGCGGAGGAGGCUGCUUGCCCAACUACCAGCAGAUUUCCACCCUUCAACUCCACGGUGUCAGGAGGAUAGCUCUCAACUGCCCCGACCUGAAGAAGCCUGGCUGGAGGUCCCUCAUGGCGAAGUCGGACACGCAGGCUCUAACUGAAGGCGCGCAGGUCAUUGGCCAGGACAGACUUGUUGAACUGAAGCUGCUACAGCCUGGCAUCAUCAUCGGUGUCUGGAGGGACCAGUCCUCAGUUGCCUUUGUCAUGUUCAUCCUUCACUUCCACAGGCUGGUGGAAAGAAGCAUCCAGGGAUCUCCCGUUUGCCCCUACGUGGAGCCAAUAAUUAAAUCCCCUUUUGAUGACAUAGACCCUGAAUAUGGUCUCCAUGGUUACCACCUACACAUCGUUCUCCACAACACGGCGUGUGAGAUUGUGUCCGGAAGCUUCCCCGAGAUUUUCUGCCGGAGAACUCAGAUCUGUGAUGGCCUAAUCCAGCUGACUGCCAUUAGCAGGACAAUCCUAUCACAGCACAUACCUCUAUCCAGCAGAAUCAACCUUCUCUGGAGGUGUGAGGCCCUGCAGGGUGCAGUGAAGAACUGCUGCGUCAUGAGUUUGACUCUACUGGACGAAUUCAAGAAACCUUUCUGGUGCGUCGGCUCUCCUGUUUCCAUGGAGCAAGAGAAGACUCCUGUCUCCUACGACUAUGAUGGUGAGCACUUCCUGAUGCACUAUCAGGACUCAGACGGCCAGGUGAAGAUGAAACUUGUCUGGAUGAAGGAACAGAAGCAGUUUGUUCUGAUCAGUUUAGUUGUCUAUGUGACUGUUUGCAAAGUCAACAAGCACUUCAGUAGAAAUUACUGA